AUGACUCCGCCCCCUCCCUCCCCCUCCAUGGCGCCGCCUGGGCUCAUUCAUUCUGUGCGAGGCUUGCCAGACACCUGCACUCUCCCGCAGUCUCCAGCCGCCACCACUGCUGUUGCUGCCAGCAUGUCGGGUUCUGUCGCAGAGACCCCAUCCGCCAUCCAGAUCUGCCGGAUCAUGCGGCCGGAUGACGCCAACGUUGCGGGCAAUGUCCAUGGAGGGACCAUCCUGAAGAUGAUUGAGGAGGCAGGGGCCAUCAUCAGCACCCGUCACUGUAACAGCCAGAAUGGGGAGCGAUGUGUGGCUGCCCUGGCCCGAGUUGAGCGUACUGACUUCCUGUCACCCAUGUGCAUUGGUGAGGUGGCUCACGUCAGCGCAGAGAUCACCUACACCUCCAAGCACUCUGUGGAAGUUCAGGUCAACGUGAUGUCGGAAAACAUCCUCACAGGUACCAAAAAAAUGACCAACAAGGCCACGCUGUGGUAUGUGCCCCUGUCGCUGAAGAAUGUCGACAAGGUCCUCGAGGUGCCCCCUGUCGUGUACUCCUGCCAGGAGCAGGAAGAGGAGGGCCGCAAGCGGUAUGAAGCCCAGAAGCUGGAACGCAUGGAAACCAAGUGGAGGAAUGGGGACAUUGUGCAGCCUGUCCUCAACCCAG